CUCGGACGCCCCGCGGGCGGCGCUCCAUGCCCGUGUGGUGCUGCCGCUGCUCCCUGCCUGGGCAUCUCAGAAACUAUAGUGACACCGAAACUGAAGGAGAGAUUUUUAAUUCCUUAGUGCAAUAUUUUGGUGAUAAUUUGGGGCAAAAAGUUAAAGCGAUGCCAUUAGUUGAAGAAACUUCUUUACUUGAAGAUUCAUCAGUGACUUUGCCUAUGGUAGUAAUAGGAAAUGGACCCUCAGGAAUAUGCCUUUCUUAUAUGUUGUCUGGCUACAGACCAUAUUUGUCUUCAGAAGCAAUACAUCCCAAUACAAUCUUACAUAGUAAAUUAGAAGAAGCAAGACAUCUUUCCAUUGUUGACCAGGACUUAGAAUACUUGUCUGAGGGCUUGAGGGCCGAUCAUCCAAUCCAGUUGCAGUACUUUUCGACACACUUCUUCAUCCAGAUGCUGACUUUGGAUAUGAUUAUCCAUCUGUUUUGCACUGGAAAUUAG